AUGUGGUUUGCCGUGCUGGGCCUGUUGGCCAUUGUGGGUGCUCAGGGUACCGAGUAUUUCGAGAACUACUACAACGAGAUCGAUGCGGACGAUGAGCAGGCCGAUGUGAAAACCCGGAAUGCAAUGCGAUCACCGCUCCAACUGUGGCCCACAACGAGGAUCUACUAUCGCCUGGCCAGCGAUUAUAGCCCGGAGGAGGCGGCCAAUGUCCGCACCGCUCUGGCCACCUUCGACGAGCAGACCUGUCUGCACUUUGAGGAGCUGUCCGGUCCGGCUCCGGUGGGCAGUCGUUAUGUCCACUUCAAGAAGUCGCCCAAAAUGUGCGGCACUCGUGUCGGCUAUAAUCCUAUAGCGCUUGGCUUGGGCUCCAGUUCGCAUGAUGUCCACCUUACCGAGAAGUGCUUGUCAAAGACGGGCAUCAUUCAGCAUGAGACGCUACAUGUGCUUGGCCUGUAUCACGAGCAGAGUCGUCCGGAUCGCGAUGAGCAUGUUGUCAUCGAAUACGAUAACAUUCCGCGCAAAUACUGGCCACAGUUCAUAGCGAUGACAGAGUCCACAACGACCACCCACAAUGUACCCUAUGACUUUGGCAGCGUUAUGCACUAUCCCAAGAAUGCCUUCGCCAAGGAUCCCAGCCAGCCGACAAUUCGAGCUCUCGCUGAUGGUGUGCCCGUCGAUCGAGAGAUGGGUCAGGUUGUGGGUCCAUCCGCAGGCGAUCUCUUCAAAAUCCGUAAGAUGUACAAAUGCGAUCCAUAAAUCUAAAAGAAUCAACCAAUAAGAAGACAGUA